UGUUGGUAGCCUCCUCAGCCUCCUUAGCCAGAGCGGGACACAGCGACAGUGUGGCAAGCGGAAGCGGGUCAGAGAGAUAGAGAGGGAGAUAGACUCAGUGCUCAGUACCGUUAGAUUCAAACGAACGGAUCUCAAGGCGUAGAACGCGUCGCGUUGCCUCGACUUUAGUUAUAUUUUUUUUUUUUUUUUUUUUUUUUUUUGAGUGCACCAUGUUUUUGGAAACUUGAAGUACAGCGUCCUAUUUCAUCCGAAACAGUUGCAGCGCAGUAAAUGUGCUAAGGAUGUCCCCCGCUGAGCAGCUUCCCCUGGUCGGAGGUGGAGUGACAGCUGGUGGAGUACCAGUGGCCUACCAACUGGCGGCCAGCACAAGUGGUGGUGCUAGCGUAGCCGUCGGUGGCUCUGUGGCCGAUGGUGGCGGCGUGACGGGCUCUGGUGGCGAUAAACUGAAAGAGAUGCCCGACAAAUAUGUGGUGGCCAUUUCCCAGUUCCUCGACUGGCAUGUCAACGAGACCUCGGAUAUGGAGCGUCUCAGUGGGCCGAUCCUCAAGUCCAGCAUCAAGUCGGUCUACUGGCUAUUUCUCAUCCAAUAUGCGGCCUUGGCUCUGCUGGGUGUGGUCCUCAACGUGGCCAUUGUGGUGUACAUUAUGUACCAUCGCCUGUACAAGGAUGUGACCCAUGCGUUCAUCAUCAAUCUGGCGUUAUGCCACUUUGUACAGUGUGCCCUCGUCCUGCCCGUCUCCCUGAUGGUGAUGCUCAUCCAGAACUGGAUCUUUGGCCAGUUUUUGUGCUUCUUUCUGCCCAUGUUGCAGGACAUUCCCCUCCACGUGGCCAUGAUCUCACACAUCCUGAUCGCCUGGGACCGUAUGCGCUGGCUCAACGAUCCUUUGAAGGGACGCCUGCCUGGCUUUGUGUGCUGCUGUGCCACCUGGCUCACCGGCAUGGUGAUUGCCCUGCCCUAUCCCAUCUACACCAUUUACGUGGAGCUGGGGGAGUACAUGCCCCAGCUGGCGGGCAUCGGGCUGUGCGUUGUCAACCUCAUGGACGACAUGCAGGAGUACACGCGAGGACUCUUCCUCCUAAUGUACUGCGGCCCGGCCAUUUUGCUGUCCUACCUGUACAUACGCACCUCGCAGGAGCUGCGUCCGCCCGAAGGACCCUUUGCCGUGAUGAUGUACGAGCACCGUGCGGACCUGCGGAUGCGUCAGAGAAACUCCUCUACAUCCUCGGUGGAGCCACGCCAGCUAAGUGGCGGCGGUGUGGCCGGUCUGAGCAAUGGCGGCGGUAGCUCGGCCCGAUCCUAUGACCUGUACAGCGCCGAACUGGAUGUGCAUCGGGAGAAGCGGAAGCAGCGCAAUUUUGGCAGCAUGGCCGCCACCCAGGUGGUGUGCAUGUGCCCCCUAAUGAUCCUCCGCUUUGCCCGGCUCUCCCUGGAGGAGACCUACGAGAAUAUGAAGCACUUUGACUUCACCUACCUGAUGUUUGUGUGGGUGGCCUUCCUGCCCACGGUCAUCUUUCCCUGCAUCUACGCCUCCCAGAUAUUGCCCAGAGACGAGCAGGAGCGUCUGAGGGGCUACUUUCGGCUCUCUUCGAAGAGGAAACAAAAGACUCAGCGUCGCAGCGAUGCCGGCGGUUCUUGCGAGGAUUCCAUAGAGAAGGAUGAGGCCUCCAACACCACCAGUGUCCAUCAUGCAGCCACCACUGGUGCCGGCAGCGAGCCUGGCCAGAAGCAUGCUCCCAAGGUGCGUUACGAGCGAGAGCGUCAGCAGGGACAUGGCGAUCGCUACAGCGGAGCACCCCAUAGACAGGGCAAGGAUCGGGACAGGGAUAGGGAUAGGGAUAGGGAUAGGGAUAGGGAUAGAGAGAGGGAUAGAGAGCGCCAGCGGGCUGGAGGACGCGGAGCAGGCGAUGCCGGGGUGGUCAACAAUCUGGGCAAGGAUGUGCGCGGCAAAAAACACGAUGUCAAGAUCAACAUCAUCUCGGAUGGUGGCCAUGGUAGCACCACCACCACCUCCACCAACCCACACGGCCAUGGACACCGCAAGCAGGCACUGAGCAGCAGCAGCAGCAGCAACAACCACCGGAGUCGGAAUAAUCCUGGACAGCGGAGCAGCAAGCUAACCGCCGCCACCGCCGCCGAUGGCCUGUCCAAUGUCACCGCCUCCACAUAUUGCAAUGGCAAUGGCAGCGCCACUGGCAACGUCCUCAUCCCGGACGACAGCAGCACCAGCAACUAUGGCGACGGCGAGGAGAGCUCCGUGGUGAGCAGCAUGAUGGUGCCGCCGCAACGCUGGCCGAGAUCGGGUUCGGGUUCGGGACCUGGUCAACUGAUGCGCCACAAGGAUGUCUCCUUUAGCGAGUGCAGCAGCACCUUCUCGUCAAGCACCCUGGACCGGGAUCUGGAGAUCAUGGACCAGCUGGAGCGGGAGCGCAGUAUGGAUAUUCAGGAGAUGCUGCAACGGGAACGGGAGCGGGAAAAGCUACGCGGUGGCGUUGGUCGCCAAUUACCGGACAUCGAGAAGCUCUACGCCCAGCGUUCACCUAAGGGUAAGCGGGGCGAGGCCGCCGGUGCCGGAACGGUAACGGGAACUGCUGGCCUGGCCCUGGUCAUGCCCGGCAGCGAUCCCCUGAGCAGCCUCUCCCAGUCACAGUCCCUGUCCACGGAGUACAGCCUGUGCUCGACGCUGGAGCCACCUGGCUCCUCCGUUCUACCCGAGGAAGAGGUGUUGCGCAAGCAUCUGGAGGAACUGGAGGAAGAGGAGGUGGUGCCGCCGGACUUCUACGACAGCUAUACACCUGGCGGUGCCCAGAAUCUGCCGCCUGGCUCUGCUGCCGCUGCUGCCGCCGCCGCGGCUGCUGUUGCCCCGCCCGCCUAUCAGUAUCAAUACAGUCGCAGUCGGCUGAGCCGCAAGAGCUCCGGCUCCGGUUCGGGCCAUCAUAGUCACGGCCGGGUGGGCGCCGGCCACCAUCAUGGCCAGCAUGGGGGCCUUGGUGGGGGGAUUGGACGCGGCUCCAAGCGGGACAGCUUCAAUUCGCUGAAUGGCACCGAUCUUAUUGCUGGCGCUUUUUGCGAAUUGGAUCCGACGCAGCCGCUGAACAAGAUGGCCGUAAUCGAAGGCAGGAUGCGGCGAAGCAGUCCGCGCAAUGCCAGCUUCAGUUCCGGCUCGGGCGUGUCCGGACGGAGUUCGAUGAAGUCGUCGUCGCGGGACUAUGACUACGGUCACGGCUCCUCCUCGCACUCGGCGCAUCCGGAGCUGGACUUCAGGGAGAACAUAUUUGCGGAGCUGUAAGAGGGUUUAUAUUUGGAUAUAUAGAAGAUAUAGAUUCCAAAAGAUCAGGGUAG